GACAGGAUCUCCGUAAUUGUAGAAUCGGGAACCUUGUGCGUACAACGAUGUUAAUCGCCUUAGUAUAAAUCGCAUCUUGUGUAUCCUGAACAGUACUGUUGCGAUUUCUGUUUUCCAAGAAAACCUAUUCCGUUUCAUAAAUCUAUCAUUGAAAUAGAUCGAAUGUUCGUGAACAAUAGACAGUGAGUGAGGAUGGGGAACAGCUUUGAUUGAGAGGAAGGCGUAUCUAUAAUUGCCGUUUGUUACCGCUUCUGAGCGCCUUGCGUAACUUUCUGUGUAAUGAUGACAUACAAAUUAGAUAAAACCGAUUCUCGGUAACAUGCACCAGAGGAUGGUACUCAUGUUUUAUCCCUUAAUUUUCGUGGCAAACGCUCCUAAAGAAUUGAACAGAGUUAUUUUUCCUGCACCUGACAGUGCAGAGAGGUCAUGUCCCCUGGAUUGUGACGUCAUUUUUCAUUGUUGACGCUGGAUUUCCGAGGCAUUAUUGUGAUAGAUUAGGCAUCGCCUUCAUGAAAGCGAAUGAUUAAAUGUGAGAAAGCGACACAUCUCCAUGGAUACGUGUUAAAUGAAUACGAGUGUGGUAAUCCACGAGAGGAAACAGUAGGAAGGACGCACCGUGACGAUACCAGUGUUCAGGCGGGUGCCUCACUUUUACCAGUAUACGACAGAUCGGAAGUCAAAGGGUGAUAGUAACGUUUGUGUACCGCAGAAUUACAGACAGCGAAACAAGCGCGUUCUCCGAUUAAACACAAAGUGGGAAUGAGCUAAACAAUGAAAUGACGAUCCGUUUGUGUACCUCAUCAUUGACAUUGCCAAGUAGUAUUAUUGAGCGGCCGAGUUGAUAGACUACUCCGAUAUCUAGUAUAUUUACAACCUCAGACUUUAUGGAUGAGAAUUUAUAGACCUUCUCCUAAUUGAUGUGCUUUCAAGCCUUUCAAAUUUCCUCUGUUCUUUUGGAACAGAUCUAGGAGCUGUUUACACUGAAUGCGUAUAUUUCCUUGGUAAUUACGAUCACGAGAGAGAAAUCAAAGAACAGACCCAAAUGAAUCUAAUAACUCAGAGAUUAUAAAGAAACACCUUUAUAAACAAAUUAUAUUCAAUCAGGUCGUUUUCACGUCGUUCCAUACACGAUGUGGUAGACUUUUUUUCCUUCUUUUUCAAUUUGUUUGCCCCAUCUCAAUUUCUCCCCCGUUGGGACACGUAUUUACGAUAGGGCACCCGUGUGUUGUGUGGCGGAGUAGUGAGCACACUGUUUAGUUCACUUUCUUUGUUUUUUACAGGAAGUGUUGAUACAUCAGAUGAAGUGUAACCAUGUCUCAUUUCAACGGAACCAUGAACAGAAAUCAGUCGGAAGAGGACCUCUUCGGGACGCCAUUCAUGAUACUGAAUACAGUAUACCCGCCAUUCUUAAUCGUCAGUGGAUUGAUAUGCAACAUUCUUGUCGUCUGCGUCAUGCGCACGAGAUUUUUCCAAAGACAGAACAUAUCAGUGUACAUGACGGCGCUGGCUCUGAAUGACGCGUCCAGUCUGUGUAUUUCUAUGACGUCACACUGGCUUUACGUGUCGUUUGAUAAUAUCUAUGAUAGAGAGAAAACAGCGGAUAUAUGUAAAUUUCUACAGCUAUACGGAUGGGGAAACUGUGAUUUUAGCAUACUCCUGUCCACUACAAUGUCUGUUAAUCGCGCCAUUGCUGUUUCCCUUCCGCUAGAAACAAGGUCAAAGUAUUCCAGCAGGAAACCAAAGUUUGUCAUCUUCUUCCUUUUUCUUGUCGUGCUCAUCAAAAAUAUUCAUUUCGUAUUUUCCUCAAAGAUUGUGAAAAUGGAGUACAUGCGCGAUAAAUUGUGUGACGUAUAUCCGGAAUCUGAGUCCUACAGAAUAUUCUGGGAGGACGUGUGGCCCUGGCUUCACGUGAGUUUUCUGGUCCUGUGUUUCUUCGUCAUAGCCUCAUCCAAUGGAGUCCUAAUACGUCAGCUUUAUGUUUCGUCCCAUUUAGAAAUUCGUCGUCACCAAUGUUCUACCAGACGAGAAAGUCUGUUGUUUACCUCGGGCGACAUGCGUUCACCGCUAAAACACCGGAACUCCUGCUUCUGUAGUGAACAUAGCAACGGUUCUGGCGACUCGAAACAAUGGCAGACAAUAACCCCCAUGUUGAUCGGAGAGUCUGUUCUAAUCCUUCUCCUAACCUUCCCCUUCAGUAUACAGCUAGCCAUCUCCAAUGCCAAUGCAGGGCAUUCUCAAAUGCUAUUUUCCAUAACGUUCUACAUGUUGUAUACGAACAAGUGCGCGACAUUUUUUGUCUACCUCAUUACGGGGUCCCGCUUCCGUCUUGGACUGAAGAAGAUAUUCUACCGAUGUAUGCACGGGAAGGGGGCCAUGCGAAGACGGCAGUUCAAGGAAACCCUCCACUGGAUUAACUCCUUAUCAGAAGGACUUGUUUAUGGGUAGUAAAAGACGAAAAGUUUGUUUGUUCCAUAUUUUCGAUAUAUUUAAUUAUUUAUUUAUUUAUUUUGAGAAGAUUAUUUCUAUGAAUUUUAUUUUUUACGAUUGUUUCUCUUAAACUUUCUAUUCUGAUAUCUGAAUUAAAGUGUUGUAUUUAU